GUCGUGGACCCGCUGCAGCGCAGUUGGAAACUAGGGGGACCGACCAGAGGCACGAAUUAGGUGAGGUUUGUGCCGCAGUCGCUAUUUCUUGCAGAAAAUUGAAGAUCUUAAUCGGAAAACAUGCCUGAGAGAGACUUUAAAACUUCGGACAGCAAGGAGUACUAUUUUAAUGAGGUGCCCACCAACAGCUCGUGCACCCUGCGCUUCCGCGUCAAAACUUCCAAUGAUGCGCACAUUUGCUUGUCAGCGUCUGGCGUGCUGGAAACGACGCCAAUCCUGGAAAUUUUCCUGGGUGGCUGGGAAAACAAAAUGAGCGCAAUCCGCAAAGACUAUACACUGCCGGAUAAGGUCAAAGUGUCCACUCCUGAUUUGCUGUCCUCCAAGGAGUACCACAAAUUUUGGAUCAAGUGGAACAACAAGGGUCAGGUGGACGUUGGUCGUGACGGCAACGAAGAGCCGUUCAUGUCAUACCUUGAUCCGAAUCCAUUCCCGAUUAGCCACUACGGCAUGAGAACAACUUGGGGUGCCACUGGAAAGUGGAAAGACCAUGAAGUGGAGUAUGUGAUCCAUGAGGGACAAGCGCCUCCUGCAGCUGGACCCCCAGUUGCCACAGAACCCGAGACUCUGCAACACCUACCCUAUCACUGGGUUUCAGCACGCAACGGUGAAAUUCCUCAAGGUGCAGUUGUGGCUGGCAAAGAUCACGGCGAGCAAGUUUUGUACGCGGCCAAAGUGAAUUAUAACAAUUCGCAGCUAAUUGGCAAAGUCAACACGGUCCUGCAGGGCGCCAGGGUCGGAUGCAACGGACAAGAGUUGCACUUUGCCGAGUAUGAGGUUCUGUGCGGGGGACCACCGACGGGCACGUGGGUCUCUGCGCCUGGUGGGCAAAUCCCCAACAAUGCUGUUGCUGGCGGAAAAGGUUGCAACGGGGAGGUCUACUAUGUUGGCCGCAGCAACUGCAACGGGACCAUCACAGUUGGAAUGGGUUUGUCCAGCGAUCGUCACUGCCACUUUGCCUAUGGAGGGAGGGAAAUGGUUUCUAACGAUUUUGAGGUAUUGAUCAAUAACUAAAGCAAGCUGAAGCUACCUGCCAAAAAUAUAUGUCUACUGCUCUUAUAUAACUCAGGAAUAUUUUAAGUAGAAUUUAGAAAGUAACAUUUUGAGUGCGCAGGAAUGACGAGGCGCUUAAUUGAGCAGGAAUAAAAAAAGUGAAUUAAAUAUAAGAUGAAAAAAUUACGCUCUGUAGAUCAUAUUUUUGUCUUUAGCCUAUAGCCAACAUGCUUUAUUUUAUAAGCAUAACAGAACACACGUCAUAUUUUUUAAAUAUUUUACUACUUGCAUUUUAGCAAAUUUUCCCCUGACAUUACUUAAUAAUUAGAUUUUUUUCUUACAAAUAAUCAAAAGAUUUUUUUAAUUUUCUUUUUGAAUUUUCGUAGCUACUUUAUAUUAAAAAUCAAUCAAUACGCUAAUGUUACAAACAACAUUAUAACGAAUAAAAUGUAUGUCAAAAUACAAUUAUGUUAAUGUAUAGAAAUUGUUUUGAGUGCGCAUUUGUAAACAUAUAUUCGUCGAUCGAAUUUUAUUCAAGCCAUUUUAAUCAGUAAAACUGUCACAACAAUACCAAGCAUAAUUUUAUUAUAUACCGUUUUUAUUCCAUGUACCUUAAUGCAGCCUGCGUAAUUUAUUAUUUAUUGGUCCUUCUCAUGUUGACCCGCUGCUAGUUGUCCUCAACUUAAAUAAAAUAAAUGUGCCUCU